AUGGCCCAAGUCCUGCACGUGCCCGCCCCCUUUCCAGGGACCCCUGGCCCAGCCUCCCCGCCGGCCUUCCCCCCGAAGGAGACCGAGCCUCCCUACUCGGUGGAGACGCCCUAUGGCUACCGCCUGGACCUGGACUUCCUCAAGUACGUGGACGACAUCGAGAAGGGCCACACGCUGCGCCGGGUGGCCGUGCAGCGCCGGCCGCGCCUGGGCUCGCUGCCCCGCGGCCCCGGCUCCUGGUGGACCUCCACCGAGUCGCUGUGCUCCAACGCCAGCGCCGACAGCCGCCACUCGGCCUACUCCUACUGCGGCCGCGGCUUCUACCCGCAGUACGGCGCCCUGGAGGCCCGCGGCGGCGGCUUCAACCCCCGGGUGGAGCGCACCCUGCUGGACGCCCGGCGCCGCCUGGAGGACCAGGCCGCCGCGCCCGCGGGCCUGGGCUCCCUGGCCCCCAGCGCCGCCAGCUCCACCAGCUCCCUGGUGGGGGUGGGGCUGCCGCCCCCCACGCCCCGGGGCUCGGGCAUGUCCACGCCCGUGCCGCCCAGCGCCGGGCACCUGGCCCACGUCCGGGAGCAGAUGGCGGGCGCCCUGCGGAAGCUGCGGCAGCUGGAGGAGCAGGUGAAGCUGAUCCCCGUGCUGCAGGUGAAGCUGUCGGUGCUGCAGGAGGAGAAGCGGCAGCUCACGGUGCAGCUCAAGAGCCAGAAGUUCCUGGGCCACCCCUCGGGGGCCCGGGGCCGCAGCGAGCUCUGCCUCGACCUCCCCGAGGCUCCCGAGGACCCGGCGCCGCCGCCGCCGCCGCCGCCGCCGCCGGAGACGCGGAGCGUGGGCACCUGGGUCCGCGAGCGGGACCUGGGCGUGCCCGACGGGGAGGUGGCCCUGGCCGCCAAGGUCGCGGUGCUGGAGACCCAGCUCAAGAAGGCGCUCCAGGAGCUGCAGGCGGCUCAGGCCCGGCAGGCCGGCCCCCAGCCCCAGGCCCAGGCCUGGCCCCCGCCCGACAGCCCCGUCCGCGUGGACACCGUCCGCGUGGUGGAGGGACCUCGGGAGGUGGAGGUGGCGGCCAGCACAGCCGCCGGGGCCCCCGCGCAGCGGGCCCAGAGCCUGGAGCCCUACGGGGCGGGGCUGCGGGCCCUGGUGACCCCCGGAGGGCCCGAGAGCCGCCCCGUGUUCCGGAGCCACGAAGUGGUGGAGGCGGCCUUCUCCUCGCCCGCGGCAGCCCCGGGCCACGUCCACCUGGUGAAGAAGAUCAGCAUCACGGAGCCGAGCUGCAACGGCGCGGCAGGCGGGCCCCAGGCGGCCAUACGGUCCAUCAUGAAGCGGAAAGAGGAGCCUGCGGACCCCGCGACCCACCAGCGGAGCCUCCAGUUUGUGGGGGUCAACGGCGGGUGCGAGUCCUCCUCUGAGGACUCCAGCACGGCCGAGAACUUCUCCGACGGCGACAGCACCGGGAACGAGACCCCGGAGCCCGAGGCAAGGCUGCCGGCUGUGGCUGAAGCCGCCCCGCUCGGGCCCGCCGCCCCGGAGGAGGGCCAGCCGUCCCGGGAGGCCGAGCGAGCGCCCGCGGCCGGGGGCGCCUCGGGGUCAAACGUGGAGGAGAUCCGGAUGGAGCUGAGCCCCGACCUCAUCUCAGCCUGCCUGGCCCUGGAAAAGUACCUGGACAACCCCCACGCCCUCUCCGAGCGGGAGCUGAAGGUGGCCUACACCACGGUGCUGCAGGAGUGGCUGCGCCUGGCCUGCCGCCGCGACGCCCACCCCGAGCUCGUGCGGCGCCACCUGGUGACGUUCCGGGCCAUGUCCUCGCGGCUGCUGGGCUACGUGGUCAACAUCGCCGACAGCAACGGCAACACCGCGCUGCACUACUCCGUGUCCCACGCCAACUUCCCGGUGGUGCGGCAGCUGCUGGGCAGCGGUGUCUGCCAGGUGGACAAGCAGAACCGUGCCGGCUACAGCCCCAUCAUGCUCACCGCCCUGGCCGCCCUCAAGACCCAGGAUGACACCGAGACGCUCCUGCAGCUCUUCCGGCUCGGAGACGUCAACGCCAAAGCCAGCCAGGCCGGGCAGACGGCCCUGAUGCUGGCGGUGAGCCACGGGCGCGCGGACGUGGUGAAGGCGCUGCUGGCCUGCCAGGCGGACGUCAACGUGCAGGACGAUGACGGCUCCACGGCCCUCAUGUGCGCCUGCGAGCACGGCCACAAGGAGAUCACCGCGCUGCUGCUGGCCGUGCCCAGCUGCGACAUCUCGCUCACCGACCGCGACGGGAGCACGGCUCUGAUGGUGGCCCUGGAUGCGGGGCAGAGCGAGAUCGCCUCCAUGCUGUACUCCCGCAUGAACAUCCAGUGCUCGUUCGCCCCGAUGUCGGAUGACGAAGGUCCUGCAUCGUCCUCCGCGGAGGAGUAG